GGCAUUCAAUGGCUGCUAUUGGAGUCUGCAUCAUAUGGAGUCACAUUGUGUAAAACGAUCAUCAACAGAACAGACUGGAGAGCUUUUCCGCACCGUGGACCAGAAGCCGUCCUCCAGCACGCAGCCUGUGGAGUUCAACUAUGUCUUUUCUCAGGACUGUUUUAAACAACUCUGUCAUCAUUCAUCCUCCAGGCUUUUAUAUCAUCGGAUUUGAGACAUUUUCCUACAUCAGUGUCUACAUCAUCUUUCUAGCGUUUGUCUAUGUGGUUACACUAGUGUUCAAUAUUUUAUUGAUCUACAUAAUUGCCCGAGACCACGGCUUACACACUCCAAAAUUUCUGGCUGUUGUCAACCUCGCAGUAAUUGAUGUAAUCUUAAACACAAGCACUAUUCCCAGCAUGAUUAAAACAUUCAUCUUUAAGGACAACUUUGUUCCAUUCAACCUAUGUCUGUUACAAAUGUUUGUCUACUAUUCUGUUAUAUCUCUGGAGUCAUGUGCACUUGCUAUACUUGCCUAUGACCGGUUGAUCGCAAUAUGUUUCCCUUUGCGUCAGAACUCAUUCAACACACUGCCGAUCAUGUCUUGUAUUGUCGGCCUGACUUGGGUUUACAGUCUGGGCAGAGUAGCAUAUAGCACGGCAAUCAUGACUCGACUGUCUUUUUGCAAUUCGGUCAGAGUGUUCAGCUAUUUCUGUGACUAUGCACCUGUGUUUAGACUCGCUUGUAAUGAUUACACAUUGCAGUGGUCUGUGGCUUCAACUUCUAGUAUUGUGAAUCUGAUGGCACCCUUUACUUUUAUUGUUCUGUCGUAUGUCAGCAUCCUGGUGACUGUGUUCAGGAUGAAAUCAGUAAGCAGUAGGAUGAAAGCUCUCGCCACUUGCAUUGAGCACCUAGUCCUUGUUGGUGUAUUUUACAGUCCUAUAUUCAUAAUUUGCUUUAUGUGCGAUCUAUUGACCCGGACCAGCGUGUGCUGA